GUUUGAUGGGCUAUGAGCAUGCGUGCCGUGUGUGUGAAGUUGAUAAAUUGAAAUUGAACAUGCGUAAUUAACCUCUCGGAAAAGGGAAAAAAAAAAAAAAAAGCACACAACAAAACUUCGCAUGUGGAACAUGCGCAUUCGUUCUCCUUUGCCUUUUUUCGUUUUGAAAGGGAGCAUGCGCAUAAUGAGAGGGUUGCCCCUCUGAAGUUUGAGCCAGAAAGAAACGGCGGGUCCUGGGGCUGUCAUUACCAGGCCAGAAGGGUAAUUGGUGAAGAGAGAAAGUCAUUUAGAAGAAAGAAAAUUCGUGUUAAUUAAACCUACAAUUAUUGAAUUAACCUCUGCAUUCUAUGUGUCCGUGUGAUUUGUGGUUGCUUACUUUUUUUAGGAACUAGGUUUAAGAACUCAGCAUGUCAAUUAUAACACUACAGCUUGGUCAGUGUGGCAAUCAGAUUGGUUUUGAAGUGUUUGAUACUUUAUUUCGUGACUCACACUGUCCUCAUGGACUCUGCUGUAAAAGAGAGAAUGAGGCAUAUCAAGCAUCUUGCAAAGAAAGAUUCUUCAGUGAGGAGGAACAUGGAGUUCCAGUUGCUCGGGCUGUACUUGUUGACAUGGAACCUAAAGUUAUCAAUCAAACACUAUCCAAGGCUGCCCAGUCUGGCCGAUGGAAAUAUGAUCAACAUUCAUGCUUCUGUCAAAAACAAGGUUCUGGAAACAACUGGGCAUAUGGUUACUCUGUUCAUGGACCCAGACAUGAAGAAUCUAUAAUGAACCUAAUCCAGAAGGAAGCGGAGAAAUGUGACUCUUUGAGUGGUUUUUUCAUUAUAAUGAGUAUGGCUGGGGGCACAGGAUCAGGACUAGGAACCUUUAUAACACAGAAUUUACAAGAUCAGUACUCAGACUCUUUGAAAAUGAAUCAAAUUAUUUGGCCUUAUGGAACUGGUGAGGUUAUUGUUCAGAACUACAACUCCAUUUUGACUCUUUCUCACUUGUACCGAUCAUCAGACGCCCUCCUUAUUCAUGAGAAUGAUGCUAUUCACAAGAUCUGUGCAAAACUGAUGAAUAUCAAGCAGAUCUCUUUUAGCGAUAUAAAUCAAGUCCUCGCACAUCAACUGGGAAGUGUGUUCCAGCCUACUUAUUAUGAAGAAGGCUCAUUUCACUACAGGAGAAAUCCAUUAGGAGACUUAAUGGAGAGUUUAGUUCCUCAUCCGGAAUUCAAGAUGCUGAGUGUUCGAAACAUUCCUCAAAUGUCUGAGAACUCACUGGCAUAUAGCACGUUUACUUGGACUGGCCUCCUCAAGCACUUGAGACAGAUGCUCAUUUCUAAUGCAAAAAUGGAAGAAGGUAUUGAUUGGCAUGUUCGGCCUCCUUUAUCAAGACUUCCUGCUCUUGGUAAAAUGUCUGUCAACAAGGAACUUCAUUUUAACACUUCCAUUGCUAACUUGGUCAUCCUUCGUGGGAAAGAUGUGCACAGUGCAGAUCUGGGGGGAUUUAAAGAUCCAGCUCUCUAUACUUCCUGGUUAAAGCCUCUCGAUGCUUUCAAUGUAUGGAAAACCCAGCGAGCCUUUAGCAAAUAUGAGAAGUCUGCAGCAUUGGUGAGCAACAGUCAGUUCUUAGUAAAACCACUCGACAUGAUUGUGGACAAAGCAUGGAAUAUGUUUGCUUCCAAGGCCUACAUUCAUCAGUACACAAAAUUUGGAAUUGAAGAAGAGGAUUUUUUGGACAGUUUCACAUUGUUAGAACAGGUGAUUGCCAGUUACUACAACCUCUAAUCCUAAACAAAGGCAGAAAACGACCUACAAUCAACUUUUGGACUAAAAUAUUUACAAUACUACAUUUCUAUAAAGUUUCCAAAGUCUCAUUUAUAAAAAUAACCAAGUCAAAUGCUGGUUUCUCCUGCAUACUAUACCCACAAAAAUGGAGGAAAACCUUUUAAAUGGAGAAUAAUAUGUUUUCGAUGAAAACAUCUACUUGGUAUUUUUGUAAGAAAAAUCGGUGCUACUAUAUAAAGAACUUUAGAAACACUUUACUGAGAUGUUGGCACUCUGGAACUAUCAAAAAAAAUUGCAAAAUUCUGUUUUCUCUUUCCGUGUUCCUAAAUCUCUCUUUAUCCCAUUCACUAAAUAUGAGCUAGACUAUAACAGCAUGAUUUUAAGCUAAAAACCAGUUCUGUUUUUAAAUGUAUUCAUCGUUGAAGUGAAUGCAUUGAACCACCAGAGGGAGCUAUUAUCAAAUGCUACAAUGUGAACAUCUAUUUUGAAUAUUUUAUAAAUGUAAAAUUUUCCACUUUAAUCAACUAUUUAAAAAAUUAAUAUCAGGGGCCUACCUGGUGGCCUAAGGGGUUAAGUCAGCAUAUCCAUUGCAGUGGCCCACCACAAUGACCUGCUUUCGAUCCCUGGCCAGGGAGCUGACCCACAUGGCACAGCAGACCUCUCCUGUCUCACCCACUGCUCUCCUCAGCAGUGGAUUUCAGUAGAUCCUCCAUAAAAAAAAAAAUAAAAUCUUUAAAAAAUUACCACCAGGAUGUUGUUAAUAAAUACUAUGUUCAUAUACAAAAGUAAAUAAAAAAUUUAUCUUGUUUCCUUUUCUUAAAUUUCCUAGGCAUCAGAAAGUUGGGUCAGUUUUUCUUUUAUAUCUUGGGAUGCCAGAGCACAAACUGAUUUUACUCAACUAGUGUUUGAAAAUUACUUAUAGGCAUUUAACUGUUGUAGAAGAUGGCUAUAUGCUUUUCAGCAAAACGGGUGAGGGCUUUCAGCCCAAUUUCACUAAGAAAAUUAUACCAAGGAAAUACUGUGCUUCAUGAAAUUGACACACCGUGGGUUUCACACAGGACAAAACACUUAAAAAUUGGCAACUGAAUUUGAGAAGAAUGGUGUACUACAAUAAAUCACAUGUGUUAUUAUAUUAACAAAUGUAAAAUGGGAAACAAAGAGGAAAGUUUGCCCUUUCUGCCAAAUCUACCAGUGGUGAUUUAUUUUUAUAUGGAAACAUGACAAUUGAGUUUCACUGGUUUCUUCUUUUUCUUUGCAUAUGGUAAUGAUUACCUUUUUACUGUUGUUCUUAUCAACUGUUGCUAUGAUUUAAAAUACUGAACCAUAUCUUAUUUCUAAGGAAUGUAAAAAGUGGUCUGUUCAGCUCUUAAAAGGCACACCCCACUGCUGUAUUUUGUUAACUCAAGUAUAC